AAAAAUAAAACCUAUAUAUAUCCCUCCAUCUUCACACCUGAGUUCAUCCAUCAAAUUUUGGGCAUAUCUUUUUAGAGAAAUGAAGCCACUCAGUCUUCUUUGCAUUUUCAUUAUUCUUUCCAUUCUCUUACAGGGUUUUUCAGAGGCUUUCACUACUGUGGAUGAAGGGACCAACACAGUAGCUCUCACCAAAAAGUAUCACUAUCAUCCAAAAAUCAAUUGCAAAAGGGAAUGCUCAAGGAGAUGCAGUAAAGUUUUCAGAAAGAAGAUAUGUAUGCGGGCAUGUGGAACUUGCUGCAGUCGUUGCCACUGCGUUCCGCCCGGCACUUACGGCAACCACCAAGCUUGUCCUUGCUAUGCUCGCCUCAAGACCCAUGGCAAUAAGCCCAAGUGCCCCUAAUUUCCUAUUACUCUACUUUUCUAAUACUAUUUUCAUUUAUAUAUUUGGAGGUGCUUUAAUUUCUACGUAUUUUCCACUUAUGCUUAUACAUUUUAAAUACUAUUAAUGUCUAUAAAAAUGUCAAAACGAGCAUAGCUCAACUGGCAAAUAUAAUAGAUGUGUUAUCGAUCCAGAUGUAUAUGGUUUGAAUUCACCUAUUAAAACAGCUCAGUAAGCUUAGUUGGGUCCUUCUUCUCCCAAAAUUCAUUCUAUUAUGGACUUUUGUUAUGGGUGAGCGUGUUUUGCAAGAGUUUUUCUCCCAGGCCAUCUAUAUAGGGUUGGUGUUAUUUUACCUAUCAAUAUAUCGAGGCCAAGGGUUUCUCUUGCAUUUUGCUUUGCAUUUUCUCUACCAUGUUUUGUUUUUUUUCCGAUUAUGUUGAUUCCCCCACUCCUAUUGUACUAUAUAUAAGCGGCUUGUGUUGCUUACAAUUGGAAUAAAAAUCGGUGUUGUAUUUUUUAUAA